UCGCAAGUUUCAUCAAGACCCUCUUUCAGCCGCAUCCAACGGUGGUGGUCGGAAGACAAAGUCAUCCCACCCUCAUGAGUCACGACUCAACGCAUAAGUCUGACCACAGAGCGCCGUGUUACCUCGGCCAAACGCUUCUUCUUCGUCUUCGUCUUCCUAGUAUUUCUCCUUCUCCUGUUUUCGGCGUCCAUCUCCAAUACAGUGGUGUUGAAGGAGAGAGCCCAGGUGGUGAUCCGAUGAGAUCUGGGGGCUUAAAGCUGCUACCUUCCCCUGUUCCGCUGUGGCUGUCGUUUCUGCUGCUCGUCGGUUCUUUUUCCAUCGCCAGAUCACAGGACGUCGCCCUGGGAUCGACCCUCACUCCGACGAGAAACUCCUCCUGGGCGUCCCCUGACGGCACCUUCUCCCUCGGCUUCAUCUCGGAUCCCGAUAAUCCCUCGCUCUACCUCGCCGCCAUCACCUACUCCGGCGGCGUUCCUGUGUGGAGCGCCGGAGGCGCCUCUGUCGACUCCGGAGCCUCCCUCCAGCUUCGCUCGGACGGCGACCUCCGCCUCGUCAACGGCUCCGGCGUUGUCGUUUGGCAGUCCAACACCGCCGGCCGAGGCGUUUCCUCCGCGGCCCUCCGCGACGGCGGCAACUUCGUGCUCAGCAAUUCCACCGGCGGCGACGUUUGGGACAGCUUCGGGAACCCGACGGACACCAUUCUCCAGUUGCAAAGCUUUACCUUGGGUCAGACCCUGCGUUCCGGCGACUACACCUUCUCCCUUGACCGGACGGGAAACCUAACCCUCCUCUGGAACCGUUCCAUUUCCUACUUCAACAAAGGGUUCAACUCGACCUUCACCAGCGACCGAAACUUAACCUCCCCCUCUUUGACCCUCCAAACCAACGGCAUCGUUUCGCUCAUCGACCCCUCGCUCACCACCUCCGUCGCGAUCGCCUACAGCAGCGACUACGGCGAGAGUGGCAACUUGAUUCGGUUUCUGAAGCUGGAUUCCGACGGAAACCUUAGGGUUUACACCGCCGUCGGUGGGAGCAACACGGCCACGGAGAGAUGGUCGGCCGUGGAGGACCAGUGCGAGGUCUUCGGAUGGUGCGGCAACAUGGGCAUCUGCAGCUACAACAACACGUCGCCCAUCUGCGAGUGCCCCUCCCAGAAUUUCGACCUCGUGGAUCCAAACAACCCCCGUAAGGGUUGCCAACGACGGACGGAUAUCCAGGAUUGCCCUGGCAACUCCACCAUGUUGGAUCUUCCCCACACACAAUUCUUAACCUUCCCGCCGGAGAUCUCCGCCGAGCAAUUUUUCGUCGGCAUCACCGCCUGCCGGCUCAACUGCCUCUCCGGCACCUCCUGUGUCGCUUCCACCGCCCUAGCCGACGGCUCUGGUUUCUGCUACUUGAAGGUCUCAAAUUUCGUGAGCGGCUAUCGGUCCACGGCCCUUCCGAGCACUUCCUUCGUCAAAGUCUGCGCCCCGGCGCUCCGCAAUUCCUUCUCCGCUACGACCGAAAUCCACUCGGAAUCAUCAAAGCUCAGGGCAUGGCUCGUGGCGGUCCUCAUCCUCGCCACAAUCGCUUGUUUGAUACUCCUCGAGUGGGGCCUGUGGUGGCUCUUCUGCCGUAACAGCGCCAAGUACGGGCCUUCGUCGGCGCAGUACGCCCUCCUGGAGUACGCCUCCGGCGCCCCCGUUCAGUUCUCCUUCCGCGAGAUGCAAAGAAGUACCAAGAAAUUUAAGGACAAACUGGGCGAAGGCGGAUUCGGCGCCGUCUACAAGGGCGUCCUCGCCAACCGAACCCCCGUCGCCGUGAAACAGCUCGAAGGGAUCGAGCAGGGCGAGAAGCAGUUUCGGAUGGAGGUCGCCACCAUCAGCAGCACCCACCACCUCAACCUCGUCCGUCUCAUCGGAUUCUGCUCCGAAGGCCGGCACCGUCUCCUUGUCUACGAGUUCAUGAAGAACGGCUCCCUCGACGGCGCCCUCUUCUCCGGCGACGCGUCCGGGAAGCUACCGUGGCCCGCUAGGUUCAGCGUCGCGGUCGGGACCGCCAAGGGAAUCACUUACUUGCACGAAGAAUGCCGGGAUUGCAUCGUCCAUUGCGACAUCAAGCCGGAGAACAUCCUCCUCGACGAAAACAACACGGCGAAGGUUUCCGAUUUCGGGCUGGCGAAGCUGGUGCACCCGAAAGAUCACCGGCAGCGGACGUUGACCAGCGUCAGGGGAACCAGGGGCUACCUGGCGCCGGAAUGGCUCGCCAAUCUCCCCAUCACCUCCAAGUCCGACGUCUACAGCUACGGGAUGGUGUUGCUGGAGAUCGUCAGCGGCCGGCGCAACUUCGACGUCGCCGACGACACCGACCGGAAAAAGUUCUCUGUAUGGGCUUAUGAGGAGUUCGAAGAGGGGAGAGUGGGGAACAUCGUGGACAAGAGGCUGAACGAGCAGGAGGUGGACAUGGAGCAGCUGGAGAGGGCGGUCAUGGUGAGUUUCUGGUGCAUCCAAGAGCAGCCGUCGCAUAGGCCGUCGAUGGGGAAGGUGGUGCAGAUGUUGGAAGGGGUCUUGGAGAUCGAGAGGCCUCCUGCUCCCAAGGUCACGGAUGGUUCCAUGCCUGUUCCCACCACGACCAGUAGUCUGGGUACUAGUGCGAGUGUUUUCGAGGCUUACUCUCCGGCGGCGCCACCCUUGUCGAGCUUAUCGCAGUCGAUGACCAGCAUGUCGUCGAUUUCCAAGAGGAAUCCGGAGAAGACGACGAUCUCGCUCCUCUCCACCGAUAUUUCUUCACUGUAACUAAGUCAUAAACUUGGAAAAUAGAUGGCAUAUUGUUAAUUUCGAGAAUGCCAGCAGUUGUUUCAAUGUCAAGAUCUAACUGUCUGAUCGGCGCAUUUGGUAUUUAUACGAGUGCUUUGUUAUAAUAAUAGAUUUUGAAAUCAAUUUUUAACUGAUGCCAAUA